AUGAACUGCAUAGCAAUAUCGCAGCCACCGAUUCCGCCUGCCCAUUUAUUAGGAUCGCAAGUACCGUCCGGAGUCGACGACUACUUUAGCCUUCAUCAAGUCAUUCCAAGUCUUUGGCCUCACCAGUCUUCACCAGAGGAAGCACAGCAGCCGCGGCAGCAUCCUCAUCUGGUACCGCAACACGACCACGAACAACAACAACCAAUCUUUGAUACAGUUUCAGCCGCACCCCUUGUUGUACCAAUUUCUGCUGCCGCCCAACAGCAGCAGGUCUUCAGCUCCCACUACUACCACCCACAGCUGCACCCAACGCAUAAAGCUGCCCCCAUCCUCGGCAGCAGAAGACGGCAAGCAGCCGUCCCUACGCUGACCUACUCGAUAUUAUCGGCAUUGCCCGCGACAGAGCGAAGGUCUCGGUCAAAUAAGGUGCAGAUCAGGUACACAGAUCUUGUGACACCCAACAGUAAUAACCUGUCUGAGCCGCGCACCAUGCACCAGUUCUCUGUCAUUUGGUCUCGUCUGCGGGUGCUCGCGGAUCACCUGGAUAUGGUAGAGGCGGGCAAGGACUACGGCGACGGGCCGGACGGCAAGCCCAACGAGUUCACCGUCGCGGAGCUCUACAAGCACACGCACGUAGUCGCCGACGCCCUCGAGCAGGCAGUGGCCAUCCGAAACCGCAGCGGCGGUGGCAGCGGCAGCAGCAGCAGCAGCGGGGCAAGAACACCCAUCAUAACCGCGGGGGACCUCGCAGACGGCAUGUUCACCAUGGCCUUGUACGCGCAGAUCCUGCACCUGAUGCAGCGACUCUUCACGCACGUCCGCAAGGUGCUGGCGGCCGCCGACCCCCACCGCGACGAUACUUUUGCGGCCUGGCUGCUGCCCGAGAUGAACAUUGGCGCCGCGCUGAUCGACGCGCAUCCGACCUUUCACAUGUCCCUGACGGUGCAGCUCGCGACGCAGUUCCUCGGGCGGCUGCGGGAGGCCGUCACCAUCCUGUGCCUCAGCGACAUCGGCCCGGCAGGAGCUAACUUCAAUGGCACAGCGGCGGCGGCGACGGGAGCCGGCCCCCACGCCGAAAUGAUCGGAAUCCCAGCAAGGUUCACCUUCGUCAGCCUCAAGAUCCAGGAGGGCGAGCUGGGCAAGACGCUGGGCCAGCUGCAGGAGGAGCUCCGCAAAUUCAUGGACACCAUGGAUGCGAUUGACGCCAUGGAGGAAGACGAGAAGAAGAAGCACUAG